AUGAGCGUGAGGAGGAGUGGAGGAAUGGAGAGCUCAGAGAGCAAGACGCAGGAGACCAGCUGGAAGCCAGCUUUGUGGGGGGGCACACCGCAAUACGACUAUGUCUGCUUUGAGAAAUGCACCCCUUACGGGAUACCCGUGGAGGCAGGACACGAGGCCGGGGCGACAGGGGACGACCUGCGCUCCCCGGAGAACUCCCUCAGCUACCCACAGCUUUAUGGCCGAUACACAGACCGGAUAACAGAUAACAUUUCAGACAAGGAAGCAGCAAAACUACUGAAGAAACAGGCCCAAAGGAACAAUGGACAACCCCUGAAACGCGACAGUCAAGUACAGAUCAAAGAAGAGCACUAUUCCAAAUGUCAAGACUGUGCUAAACGCAUCCAGAAAUAUGUUACCAAGAAGCUUGGAGAGGACUGGAUUUUCUUGGUUCUGUUGGGUCUGGUCAUGGCGUUGGUGAGCUGGGGAGUGGAUUAUGCCAGUGCAAAGACCGUACAGGCCUACAAGUGGAUAUACGGAGCGCUGCACCCCAAUGUCCCUCUGCAGUACGCCGUGUGGGUCGCGGUCCCACUCAGCCUCAUUCUGUUUGCGGCCAGUUUCUGCCACUUCGUCUCUCCACAGGCUGUUGGGUCUGGGAUCCCAGAGCUCAAGACCAUUAUGAGGGGAGUGGUCCUCAAGGAGUAUCUCACUCUCAAAGCUUUUGUGGCCAAAGUUGUGGCCCUCACAGCUGGGCUUGGAAGUGGCAUGCCUGUGGGGAAAGAGGGUCCUUUUGUGCAUAUUGCCAGUAUCUGUGCUGUGGUACUCAGCAAGUUCAUGUCAAUCUUCUGUGGGGUGUAUGAGCAGCCCUAUUAUUACACGGAUGUCCUGACUGUGGGGUGUGCUGUGGGUGUUGGCUGCUGCUUUGGGACACCACUUGGAGGGGUUCUUUUCAGCAUCGAGGUCACCUCCACUUACUUUGCUGUGCGCAAUUAUUGGAGAGGCUUCUUUGCAGCCACCUUUAGUGCCUUCGUGUUCCGAGUCCUGGCUGUCUGGAACAAGGAUGCAGUUACCAUCACAGCCCUGUUCAGAACAAACUUCCGUAUGGAUUUCCCCUUUGAUCUGCAAGAGCUGCCAGCCUUUGCUAUAAUAGGCAUAUGUUCUGGAUUCCUUGGAGCCUUUUUUGUUUAUCUCAAUCGCCAGGUGGUCCUGGGCAUCAGACGUCAUAAAGCCCUGAGCCAGUUUCUCACCAAAUACCGACUGAUAUACCCUGCGGUUAUAACCUUCUGUAUAGCAUCGGUGACGUUUCCUCAUGGAUUUGGGCAGUUCAUGGCAGGAGAGUUGAUGCCACGGGAAGCCAUCAGCACUCUCUUUGAUAACUAUACCUGGAUCAAACACUCUGGAGACACCCAGAUCCUAGGGAAAUCUGCUGCCUGGAUCCAUCCUAAAGUCAGUGUCUUUGUCACCAUCCUGCUCUUCUUCCUUGUAAAGUUCUGCAUGGCUGUCAUUGCCACCACGAUGCCAAUCCCCUGUGGAGGCUUCAUGCCUGUUUUCGUAUUAGGUGCUGCAUUUGGACGUCUCAUUGGGGAAAUCAUGGCAUCGCUUUUUCCCAACGGGAUCCUCUUUGAUGACAUUCUCUACCAAAUCUUACCUGGAGGAUAUGCUGUCAUUGGUGCAGCAGCUCUGACAGGAGCGGUGAGCCACACUGUCUCCACCGCUGUCAUCUGCUUCGAGCUGACGGGUCAGAUCUCUCACAUCCUGCCCAUGAUGGUGGCUGUCAUUCUUGCCAACAUGGUGGCCCAGAGUUUGCAGCCCAGCCUCUAUGACAGCAUCAUCCAGGUGAAGAAGUUGCCCUACCUGCCAGACCUGGGCUGGAAUCACAUAAGCAAAUACAAUAUCUUUGUUGAGGAUAUUAUGGUCCAAGAUGUGAAAUUUGUGUCCUCCAACUGUAAAUACCGAGACUUGCAAGCGGUACUCCAAAGCACCACAGUAAAAUCUUUGCCUUUGGUGGACUCGCCAGAGUCCAUGAUCCUCCUGGGCUCUGUGGAGCGGUCAGAACUGCAGGCUCUCCUCCAGACACACAUCAGCCCAGAGCGGCGACGGCUCCUCAACAGAGAAAUGCAGCAGAAGCUGAAUGAGGCACCCUACGAUGGACCCUGGGCAAACCUGCCAAAGCUGAAGCACGAAUCUUUUGCUUAUGUUGAUGAGGAUGAGGAUACAGAGGAGAAGGGAGAGCUGCCUCAGCCUCCAAGUCCCACUCCCAGUUACCCAGAGGAGCCAAAUGGCCCAACAAGUCCUCUUAAACAAAUGCCUGAAACCUUGGAGCCGCUGCAACACUCAGGCAGUUUCAGGAGUCUGAGGAAACUGAUCCAGCAGCUCUUGUGCCAUUGCAGCCGUCCACAUGAAACAGAGAGCACCAUCCAGGAGCCAGUGGAAGUCAUUGAGACAAUGACACCAGAAGAGAUAGACGCUUGGGAACAGGAGGAGCUGAACAAGAACGUGUGCUUUGACAGCUGCCGCGUAGAUCCCUCCCCUUUCCAACUGGUGGAGAGAACCUCCCUGCACAAGACACACACAUUGUUCUCACUGCUGGGCCUCAGCCAUGCCUACGUAACCAGCAUGGGGAAGCUGAGGGGAGUGCUGGCUUUGGAAGAGCUCCAGAAGGCAAUAGAGGGUUCCACCCGCUCUGGGGUUCGUCUCCGACCACCCCUCGCCAGUUUCCGUGACAUCAACCGGACUUCCACCACCACCAAGGUCGGGCAGGGCGCUCAGGCGUGGAGCCGGGAAGACAACAGCAUGGUGGCAGCAGAGGCAGCAGCAAACCUGGGCACUGAGAGCCCUCUGCCCCCCUGCUCGCACUCCCCCCAGCCCUCCCACUCACAGGAAGAGGGGGAAGUCCCCAGCUCUGCUUAUGCCACGGAUACUGAGUUGGAAGAGAUGGAGCUGACAGGGCCAGUUGCUGAAAACAUCUCAGACAUCCUCAAGGACAUAAACCUACAUACCACUGACCUGGAUGAAGAUGAUGAUGAGGAUGUUCCCUUAUAGCUGGUGUGAGGGUAACAGUCCAUCACACUCUUCAGUGAGCCAGUCUUCUUGUGUUUCCUCCUCAAAGAGAAGCUUUUGGGUGUUCUUUGCAAUCCCCACAGAGGAAUGAUUCAGCUGGGAGGAGGGACGUCAGACUGACCCUUUCUUCUGCUGCUUUCCCUCUGUGCAGACUGUUAGGCUGCCGGACUGUUCAGGCGUGUGCAGGUGUCAGAUGUGGACUGCAAGGUGCUGAGUUUAGGCGAAGCACACUGUAACAGGACACAGAUACUGCUGACACAGUCAGGAUGCUCUGGGUCAAUCUGCCAUGUGGAAAGUGGAGGAGGAUCAGCUUUCACUCGCCACUGGUGCUGUCCUUCCAGUCGCACUAGGCCUGCACACAGCAGUGUAACACAGCCAGACCUCCAGGCUAGAAGCAUACUGCUGCUUCUGACUGCCACCCUGUCCAUGUUGCUGCAGCUCCUUUUCACUGGCUCUUAUCUUGCACCCCCCCCAAACAUUCCCACAUAGAACAUUUUUAUUCUUGCUCAAUUUUUAGUCUGGGAUUUUCCUGGAUGGGGAUGCAGUUAGGAGCUUCUCCUCUGUCCUAUAGCUGAGCCAUGCCCUAAAAACAGAUGGGAGGAAAGUAUUUGGUAUAUGUCUCAUGUCUUGAAUUCAGCCAAGGCUUUAGAGAACCCUGGAAGAGAGAAAAGCUUAUUUUCCCAUCAUCUCUGAAAUUUUAAAACAGAAUGGGAAAAUCUUAAGUGAGGGCAUCCUCAUUACUGGAAGAGGAGUAAACCAGCAUGUAUGUACCUAUAUUUCAAAUAACUGUUUGUCUCUCUGAAUCACUGUUCACAAUUUUCCACAGCUAUAGUCUUAAAAUAUAAGAACUCAAGAAAAAAAAUUAUUAUGGAGUGUUAGCAGGCUGCCA